AUCGUUAAUUAUGUGAAAUAAUAGUUGAUUUAAUUUAAUUGACGUGAUUAUUUCUAUUGUCUAUUGUGUCUAAUUGUUAAUUGUAAAAGAAUUUUUCAUUUUCUCUUGUUUUCUCUCUUGUUAUUUAUUGUGAUCGUUAAUUUUUUUUUCUUCGCAAACGAAAACCUGAAUUUCUUUUGUAUUUCUUUUUGGUUGGUUUUGUGAAACAAAAAGAAAUGCAAUCACUACGAUUAAUUACUUUUGAUGUUACAAAUACUCUGGUAAAGGUGAAAUGUUCAAUUGGUUAUGAAUAUUGUAAAAUUGCAGAGCUUUACGGAAUUAAAUGUUCUUCUGAUGAUAUGAUUAACCGGAUGAAUGCCAACUUCAAAUUAUCUUUGAAGAAAAUUAAAAAAGAGUCACCAGCUUAUGGAGCCGUUGAAGGAAUAACUUGUUACCAAUGGUGGUAUCGAGUUAUGUAUCAAACCUUUAUCUCCAGUGGUGUUGAUAUUUCCUCCUCGGAGACUGAGAAUAAAUUUAAACAAACCACCGCUCAUUUGUAUAAAUAUUUUUCCACCAGUGAACCUUAUCAAUUGGUUGAUGGAGCUGAGCAAACAUUACGAACAAUUAAAGGCCUAAGAAAAUCGGAUGACUGUCCAAUCGGUGUUCUCUCUAAUUCAGAUGAAAGAUUACCCCUGAUUUUAGGUGAACUUGGAGUAGCACAUUUUUUUGAUUUUAUUCUUUUACCGCAAAUUACUAAAAUCGAAAAACCCGAUGCUAAGGCCUUCCAAGCAGCUCAAGAAAAAGGUGAUAAAGUUGAUCCAUCACAAGCUCUUCAUAUUGGUGAUGAUCUGAUGAAAGAUUAUCAUGGUGCUAAAAAUUGUGGAUGGAAUGCAAUUUUUGUUGAUUUAAAUAAUACUCGCGAUGCCUCUGUUGAUCCAGAUGAUAGAAUACCAACAAUUAAAGAAUUGAUUAAUCAUAAAAUUGUGAAUAGAAUCAAUUGAUUACCGAUAAUCACGUAUCAAUGUUACUAUUCGUUUUCAUUGGAAUUAUGAAUGAAUAAUAAAAGGGAAAACAAAAAAUGGA